AUGAAUUUCUAUCUAAAUUAAUUGUUGAUAUGGGACUUUUAUGAUAAAUGGGAAAGGUUUGGCAUGGGCAAAUAACUUGACUUAGUAUAACCAGAUGGAUCUAGAAUAAUACACAAACCCCAACAUAUAUUGAAAGUCUCAAUUCGACUUUUCUUCUAGAAAAACCAAUACAGAAUAAACUUGAUCUUUGAUGAAGUAAACUGCAUUGUUAUAUUUCAAGAUUAAUAGAAAAAUAAUGAGAGUGAAUGGGAUGAAUACUAGAGAUAAAAGAGAAUUUAAAUUUUGUUUAAUCAUUCAAAAGUGA